GAUCCCGGAGGAAAUCUGACCGCACAUCGCAGCAUCUCUGCAGUUCAUCUUGCGGUCCAGAUAGAGAGAAAGGAGCUGAGUCCCCUGUAAUUUCCACAAACCUUGACUACUCUCGACCGCAGAAUGUCGUCUCCAGAAUCGGAUAGACCUGAACCUGAACGAGCGAAGCAUUCCCUUUCGCCUCGUACAUACACACACACUGCAAAGGAGGAGGAGGAGGAAUGGAGCUGGAGGCGGUGGGGGAUUUGGCUCUGCACAUCAUCCUGUCCAAAUUGGGGCCGGAGAAUGUCGGCAGAGUGGCCUGCGUCAGCAAGAAGCUGCAGCUUUCUGCUUCCGAGGACCCCCUCUGGUCCAAGUUCUGCUCCGACGAGCUCGGUCUCUCUUCUCCUCUCGAUCCCCUCGGCGACCCCAUCCUUUCCUUCAAGGAAGCUUAUAAGCGAUGGCGAGAAGCUUUUCGUAAGUACCCUUGGCCCCUCGUCAAGCGAGUAAAGAGAUGCUGGGACAAGAUAGAGGAUUGGUUAUCUACAAAUUUCCCGGAGGCAAAGGCCACACUUCGUAGAGGUGCAUCUGAAGCUGAUCUUCACGAGGCCGAGGAGGUUUUGAAAGUUCAAUUGCCUCUUCCGACCAGAAUCCUCUACCGUUUCCAUGAUGGUCAGGAAAUCACUGAUGAUGAACCUACAGCUAGAACUGGAAGUCCUGCUGGUUCGCUGGGCCUUAUCGGUGGAUACGCUUUUGAUGGCCACCGGGUUAAUGUCUACUUAUUACCGUUAAGUCAAGUGGUUCUGGAAACAAGCCACAUUGUACGCCACCUGGGCUUUGUCGCUACAUCUCAAAUUAUCGUUGUGGCUUCUUCGUGCUCAAUACGAGAAAAACUCUUCUUCCUCAACUGUAGAAAUGGUCAACUAUAUGUUGGGACCAGGAAUCUUCCGACAGAAGGUGAAAUGAUGCCAUGCGUACCGAAUGGACCCUUGAAGCCUGUAUGCGAUUUGAACGAUGAUCAGAAGCAGGAUGGUAUGUUAUUGUGGCUGGAGGAGCAUGGCCGUCGGUUGCAGAGUGGUAUCAUCAAAGUGCGAGAAGAAGGAAAGCUCAGGAGUAUUUCUCAGUACCCAGAGGAGCCUCCUCUCUGUACCUCUGCCACAACUAAUGGUAUCAUGGUUCGGGGUUCAGCGGUAUUUGUCCCAGAGCUUACUACCCCGCAAAAAGACGAGGAAAAAUACCUUUUCUCUUAUUCAAUUCGCAUGUCCCUCCUGCCUGAAGGAUGCUUCUUAAAUGGCAAUCACUUCACCUCUUGCCAGCUGCAGUGGAGACAUUGGAUAAUCCCUGCUAAUGAUGCUGUAGUUGAUGGUGUUGAUGGAGAAGGUGUGAUCGGAGAGUUCCCUCUUCCGCGCGCGGGUGAUAAAGAGUUUGUCUAUGAGAGCUGCUCAUAUCAGUCAUCUUCUAGAGGAUCAAUUGAAGGUUCCUUUACUUUUAUCCCUGGCAGGUUGACAGAACCAAAAGGCAGACCGUUCCGUGUAAAAGUGGCCCGAAUUCCUUUUGAGCUGCCUGAGUACAUUUUCUGAUUCCAAGGUCAAUGGCUUCAAAGCUCAUCGCUCAGGUUAUACCUUUCUUUGUAUGAUAGCUUUCCAAUAUAUAUUCAACAGGAGCGUUGGGCUGCUUGAACAUGCAUCUGGCUUAUCAACCUGGGUUUCCUUUUUUAUUAUCUGUUCAUCUUGAACAGAUUCAAAAAUAGCAUGUUUACUUCAGACAAGGGGGCCGAUGUUCAUGUCGAUCUACAUGUAAAUAGUUCGAAUAUAGAGAUCUCCAUUAUUUAUCUUGGUUUAUUGUAAUGUAUAGUCCAGGACUUGGAGAUCACACUGCGGCUAUGUGGUGAAUGUCCUUGUUGAUGUUGGAUCAUAGUUAGAGGGACGUGUGGACAUGCACUGUAUAUUGAAAUUAUGGCUCUUUAGAAUCCCAAAUUGACUCCUUCGAUAGGUGCUUUCAAGUUGUAGGUCAUUCCGGCCUGAGUUGGUAUGUCUGCUGGAGAAAUGCCGUAUGAUAUGCGUUGUGUUGUUGCCUGCUUCGCAGGCUUGAAGGACUUGGCUGUGACAGUGGUGAACAAACGCAUUUUUUGUUUUCAUAUGUUGAAGAAGCACGAACACGGCUUUGAUUCUAUGCCACUAGCUGGCGAUGCCCGACACGGGCGGUCAGAUGUAGUUCGAGUUCUAUAGCAUGAGGCAUGUACUUGUGAAUGGAUGGAAGGGAAGUUUAGCAACUCAAGCAUGUUAUUUUUGUAGUCCCGCGGGUAAGUUUUCCAGACUCGCACUGGCGGUAUACCAGAGGAAGAAAGUGCAAAAGAAGCACGGCCGUCAAAUGCUAACGAGAUUUUGACAUUUCUUAUUGUUCUUCCUAUUUAUUCAUAUUUGUUGUAGAUAAAAAAGCAAAUAAUAAAUUAUUGAAAAAUUUAGAGUA